AUGUGGGGUCAUCGUGUGGUUAUACCCUCUUCAUGCAGAAACAAAAUAAUAACGGAGCUUCAUGAUCCGCAUAUGGGCAUAGUGAAAACAAAAUCGCUAGCACGUAGUUACGUUUGGUGGCCGGGAAUCGACGAAGCGCUCGAGACGGAAUGUCGCGCUUGCACCGUGUGUGCUGCCGUCGCAGACGCACCUUCUACACACGCGCCCCGCUCGUGGCCCUGGCCCUCACGCCCCUGGUCCAGGUUACACUUAGACUUCUUAGGCCCCAUAGGUGGAGUCACUUAUCUAGUUGUAGUGGAUUCAUGCUCCAAAUGGAUAGAGGCAAUUAAAAUGCAGAGGACAACGGCACAAGCGGUUAUAUCGGUACUGCGGGACUUGUGGUCAAAAUUCGGCCUGCCAAAGCAAACGGUCAGUGACAAUGGACCGCCUUUCUCGAGCUCUGAUUUUCAGAAGUUUCUGAUUCAUAAUGGCAUAAAACAUAUUUAUUCAGCUCCCUAUCAUCCCGCCUCUAAUGGGGCCGCUGAAAAUGCAGUUAAAAUUUGUAAACGUGCGAUUAAAAAGGCAUUAAAACAGAAUUUAAACGUAGAUACAGCUCUGUGUAGAUUUUUAUUAGCCUACAGAAAUACAGAACAUGCAACUACCGGCGAUAGUCCAGCCAAUAUAUUACAGGGUCGAAGUCUCCGUAUGAGAUUAGAUAAUUUAAAACCAGAAAGGCAAUCUCGAGUUAUCGCGCAACAAGAGCGGAGCGAGCAAAACGCAGGGGGUGUGCAGCGACAACUCGAGCCGGGCACUAAGGUGUGGUAUCGGGAUUAUCGAGGUCUGGAUAAAUGGGUACCUGGGACGAUCCUCAAGCAAUUAGGUAGUCGUGAUUACUGUGUACGAUCUAGUUUUGGAACCGAGAAUCAUAGGCACGUCGAUCAGCUAAAAUUAAGGGUUACAAAAAAUAUAGAUAAAGUUGAUACCUUUGCGUCGAUUCGUAAAAAUAUAAGUCCCGAACUGAUCGCGCAAAAUUUAGACUUAAGAACACAAUCACGUAAGUCGCUAUCAUUUCCCAUGACAAGUGGCGAGGAACCAGUGGCGGUGGUCAACGAUUCGGGGAAGAGUAGUUCACCACCAAAAAAUAGCACACCGGCACAGGAUGCUGUAUCGCCUAUUCGUGGCAGCCCUAUGAGACCCGCUGUGCCGAUAGACAAGGGAGCAUGUAAUACUGGUGGUAAGAGUAUCAAUGAAAAUGUGACACCCAAACGUGAACGUCCUGUAAGAAUACGCAAGCCACCAGUUAGAUAUGGAUUCGAGGAAAUAGAUUAA